UCUAAAAAGAAAGGAAUUAGCUUGAAAAGAGAAAAGAAGUCGUAUGAUGGAAAUAUGUUUUGAAACUAAAGAUGCGUUUCAGCUGAAAGACAUAGAAAAAAUUGCCCCCAAAUCCAGAGGAAUCACUUCCAUGUCAGUGAAAGAGGUGUUGCAGAGUCUGGUGGAUGAUAACAUGGUGGACACCGAGAGGGUGGGCAUCUCUAACUAUUACUGGGCGUUUCCUAGUAAAGCCCUGCACGCCCGUAAAUGCAGAUUAGAGGAACUGGAGAGACAACAUGAGGAUGGGAAUCAGCGCAAAAAAGCCCUUCAGCAAGCAGUUGAUAAAGCCAAAGUGGGACGUGAAGUUAAUGUAGAUCUCCUGAAGGAGCUCCCAGCAUCGAAACAUCAGAGAGAUCAGCUAAAGGCCGAACUGGAGAAGUACAAAGAAUGUGAUCCAGAGGUGGUGGAAGAGAUACGUAAGCAUAAUAUCACAACUUCUUUUCACAUUUAUUCUUUUCCAGAUAAUGUUUUUGCAAUCAAAUCCUGGGCAAAGAAGAAGUUCGGCUUAGAGAAUAGCAGCUUGGACAAAGCUUUCGCGAUACCUGAGGACUUUGACUAA